CGGAUCAGUAUCCUUCGCUUGAAAAUAUUCUUGUAGAAUCCGGAAGUAUUUGCACAUGUGAAUCGACAUGUGCUUAUUUGUUGUGAAUGUUGAAUGAAGGUGUUUCGUUGUGUUGUCGUGGAGGCGAGUCGCGCUUAAAAGAAGAGUGGACCUUUAAAGAGCUUUGGACAGAAAGCCUGAGAGCGGAUCCCUGUUGAUCUCGUCUGCGACCGGCCAUAUUGCAUACCAGCUCGAGCGAGAACUGGCGAGCCUACCUACUAGGAGAGUGAAGGAGAACGCGCACUUCUCCAGAGGCUGAACGGCUUUUCUCGACGGGGCAAGGGACUAUGGAAUGUUAGAGCACUGCAGCAUCUAACACAGACACACGUGUCGGUCGCACUGUUAACAAACGAAGCCGAAAUGUCGUUGUGAUUGCGGAACUCAAUGUCCGAGCGUGGUGAUAUCAAUCGGUGAUUAAGUGAUGAACCUUUGCGUGCGUGCGGUAAAAAUGUCAUCGUGACCAUAGUGAAUUGUUUUUAAUUAAAUUAUGUGGGGUUUAAAGUGCUGGUUAGUGGCUACGGGAACGCUUUUGCUCGUGGGAGCGCAAGGUCCGGGACCGGGACCGGGAAGAAAACGGCCGGAGCAAAAAUUCGAUUAUUCGACGCAAAUGCAAUCCAGAGCGGUCGACACCCGAAUUACCUUGCAAAUUUCGGAAGGACAAUCCAAAGGUACAAUUGUAGGACGAAUACCCACCAAACCGGGAUUUACCUAUCGUUUCAAUGAACCGCCAAAGGAAUUUGUGUUAGAUCCCGUUUCGGGCGAAAUUAAAACUAAUGCCGUUUUAGAUCGCGAGGCGCUUGUAAAUGAUCGGUACGAUUUGGUCGUGUUAUCAAGUCAGCCCACUUAUCCCAUUGAAGUUCGGAUUAUUGUGCUAGAUGUUAACGAUAAUGCGCCCGAGUUUCCCGAGGCGUCGAUCGGGGUGUCGUUUUCCGAAAGUGCGGCCGCCGGUACGCGUCUGCUGCUCGACGCGGCUACGGAUCGGGAUUCGGGAAUCAACGGGGUCUCCAAAGAUUACCAAAUAAACGCGGGCAAUAAAGAUAGCAAGUUUAAGUUGGUCGUCACUGGGAAUCCGACGGGCGAAACGUCCUACUUGCACUUGGAGACGACCGGGAAAUUAGAUCGGGAGACUUUCGGAUUUUACGUGCUGAAUAUUUCAGCGCGAGACGGCGGUAAUCCACCAAAGCACGGGUACUUGCAAGUAAACGUAACGAUAUUGGAUGUAAAUGAUAAUCCGCCUAUUUUUGAUCACAGCGAUUACAUUGUGUCGCUGAAUGAGAGCGUACCUCCUGGUACGCCGGUACUGCAAGUGAUGGCCACCGACAACGACCUGGGAGAUAAUGCGAAGAUUACGUACUACCUCGCUGACACGGAACGGCAGUUUACUGUUGAUCCAGAAACGGGCGUCAUUUUAACAACGGAACCGUUAGAAUGUCCGCAACAGAACUGCCCGCAGACCGCGAAACCCGGUGGUGGUUGUCCGAAAAGUUGCGUUUUCACAGUGUUCGCACGAGAUCACGGGUCGCCGAGGCAGGAUGGCAGAACUUACGUAACCGUUAAUUUAGUAGACGCAAACGAUCACGACCCGGUCAUUCAUUUCCAAUACUUUCCUUCAAACGCGGAAUUUACAACGGUCGACGAAAACGCGAUUAACGGCUCGGUGGUGGCGGUCGUUUCGGUUGUCGACGUCGACGAAGGGCUAAACGGCGAAACCACCGUGCGGAUAAUAUCCGGAAACGAGCUAAAUCACUUCAGAUUAGAUUACACCCCGAGCUUCGACAUGGUGCGCGUAAACGGGGUGCUCGACCGGGAAGAGAUUAGCAAGUACAAUUUAACGGUGGUCGCCACGGACAAGGGCUCACCCCCUCGCACAGCAACCGCUUUUCUAAUAAUUCACGUAAACGAUGUGAAUGACCAUGAACCUGUAUUUGAGAAGAGCGAAUAUUCUGCAAUCUUGAGUGAGCUGGCGCCGUCGGGCACAUAUGUGGCAGGUAUCACAGCAACAGAUGAAGAUUCCGGCGUAAACGCACAAAUUUACUACGCCUUCGUUUCGGGCAACGACCACGACUGGUUCACCAUCAAUUCCAAUUCCGGAUUGAUAACAACGCGCGCCUCCCUCGACCGGGAAAUCCAAGGGACCGUCGAGCUCAACAUCUCAGCACGCGACGGCGGACCUAACCCGAAGUGGGCCUACACCCAGCUGAAGGUAACAAUCCUGGACGAAAACGACGAGGCUCCCAAGUUUUCGCAAUCGAGCAUUAACGUAAGCCUAUCCGAAAGUACGCCACCUCACACGUUUGUGGCGAUGCUGACCGCAGCCGAUCACGAUCAAGGUACAAACGGUAGCGUUACCUACUUUUUACAUUCCACGGUGCAGCAAUUAUAUCCGGAUACCUUUACGUUAGAUUCGCUCACCGGGCAACUUACGACCAAAUCAAAACUCGAUCGGGAAAGGAUUUCGAAAUAUGAAAUACAAGUCGUGGCCAAAGAUCACGGAAUACCAUCGCAAUCGUCGACGGCUACCGUCUCCCUUAACAUACUCGACGUGAACGACAACAACCCCGAGUUCUACCCCCUGAAGUACUUCGUUCCAAUAUCCGAAGACACCAAAAUCGGAACGUCGAUACUGAAGUUGUUCGCGACCGAUCCAGACGAGGGCGAAAACGCGAUGAUUACUUACAAAAUUGAAAGCGGGAGCGAAGGGCUGUUUUCCAUCGACGAAUGGACGGGGGUGAUUACUUUGCGAGGCAGCCUCCGAAAUUCGCCGAAGCCGAUUUAUCGCUUGAAAAUAUCCGCGAAAGAUCACAGCGAUAAGCGAGCGAUCGAAGACGCGGUGGUGGAGGUGAUAAAAGACGCUUACAUGGAGGAACUGGAAUUCGACAAUUACGGAGCUUACGAAUUUCAAAUUGUGGAAGAUCACAAUGAGAGGACGUCUUCAUUGGGAAGAGAAGUGGGAAAAGUGCGUGUUAGGAGUAGUGAGCACGUGAGUUAUUCGAUUGUUUACGGGGAUGCGAAGCAUAAUUUCGCGAUUGAGGAAUUUAGUGGCAAAAUUACGACCGUGAACAAAAUUGAUCGCGAACAAAGCGUGUCGCAUAGUUUAACGGUGGUGGCACGCGUCGGGCUCUCCUACGGUAAAACCGUGGUAAACAUCGCCGUUUUGGAUUUGAACGACAAUCGGCCGACGUUCCUUCGGGACAAGGACGAGGUGAAGCUACCGGAAAACGCGGCAACUGGACAAGAGGUGUACAUAACUCGCGCCAGGGAUAUCGACGCGGGAAUUAAUAGCCGAAUUAGCUACAGUUUGACGUACAAUCCCGACGCGCAGUUUAGAAUAUCAGAAGCUACAGGUGUGAUUUAUCUGAAUCGCCCCAUUAGAGCCGAACCGGGCACCGUGCUGAACGUCGAGGUGACAGCUACUGACGGAGGCGAGCCUCAGCUGUCAUCCAAGCACACCGUGCUAGUUACCGUGGAAGACGUAAACGAUCACACCCCAAUUUUCGAUCACACCUCGUACGAAACCUCCCUCGUCGAAUCCACGCCGGUAAACAAGCGAUUUUUUGCGCUCGCCGCAAGCGACGCAGACCUCGGAGCAAAUGGAAGGGUCUCCUACGCAAUCACCGAGGGCAACGCCGAGGAAAAGUUUGGCGUUUUCCCCGAUGGCUACCUGUACGUUCAAAGCAGCUUGGAUCGAGAGGUAAAAGACUACUACUCCCUAGUAUUAACGGUUCGGGAUUUCGGCACACCAUCCAGAUCCUCCAUGGUUCCCGUCGUAAUCCACGUAAUCGACGAAAAUGACAACAGACCCGAAUUUACGAACACCACCUUCACGUUCAGCAUACGCGAAAACGAACCCCCAGACUCAUUCGUGGGAAAACUAACGGCGACUGACCGCGAUAUCGGUCGUAACGCCGAAUUAAUCUUCUCCCUAUCCAACUUGCAAAGCGAUUUCGCGGUCGACCCCAAGAACGGUUUCAUCAAGGCCCUACACGUCUUCGACCGCGAGGAACUCGUACAGACUACGGGCCAAAACUUCAUGAUACUCGAAGCCACCGUCAUGGAUAACGGCACCCCUCGUUUGCGCGACAAGGUUAAGGUUCAAGUUUUCGUAACCGACGUCAACGACAACCCCCCAAAAUUUCUACGCGCCCCUUACAAGGUGCAAAUUUCCGAAGGUGCCAGCAUCGGAACGCAAGUUGUUCGACUGUACACAUCCGACGCCGACGAGGGUUUGAACGGUGACGUAUUUUACUCGAUCGCCAGCGGAAAUGAGGACGGCCGUUUCGACAUAGACGAAGCGACCGGACAGAUUCUCCUAGCGCGGUCCCUCGACCGCGAAACCACCUCAAAGUACAGCCUAACUGUAAUCGCGCACGACGCCGGCCUAGAUAAGCGACUAAGCUCCUCGACGACGGUCUCCAUCGACGUUCUGGACGAAAAUGAUAACGCGCCGGAAUUCACGCAGACCGAAUCGAAAAUAUCCGUUAUAGAAACAACGGCCAUCAAUACGGAAUUGAUACACUUUAAAGCAUCCGAUGCCGAUUUAGGGGUGAACAGCGAAGUUGUGUUUUCGAUCAGCGCAGGAAAUCGUCGAGAUACGUUUCACGUCGAGCCUUUAACAGGUACGCUGUUUCUGCAUAAACCGUUGGAUUACGAGGAGCUAACGAUGUAUCAACUUAAUAUUACGGCUUCGGAUAAUGGUAACCCGCGAUUAUCGACGGUUAUUUUAUUUUCGAUUAGCGUCGAGGAUGCUAAUGACAAUCCACCCGCUUUUCCCAAUACGGCGAUCGUGAGGCAAAUUAGAGAAGGCAUUCCAGUUCGGACGCCCAUUGUUACCGUAACCGCCGAGGAUCCGGAUUCGGGUAUGAACGGAAAGGUAACGUAUUCGAUUUCGCAUCAAGAGCCGGAAGAUGUCAAAAGGUACUUUGGUAUAAAUCCAUCGACCGGCGUUAUUCAUACGUUACUUCCGAUCGAUCGGGAAACAAUCGAUACGUUCAAGUUGACCGUUGUCGCAACCGAUCAAGCUCAGAGUGUUAACAGUCGAUUAUCCGCGGACAAAUUAGUGACAGUGAUUGUUGAAGAUAUUAACGAUAACGCCCCCGUGUUCGUGUCGAUGAACUCGGCUGUACUUCCACCUCAUCAAAGCCAGGCGAGCUUCGGAAGAGCGGGUACUUUUGUAAUGAACGUCUUCGCCAGGGAUCUCGACUCGAGCACCAAUGGAUUGGUGACCUAUGAUUUGGUGAGCGGAAACGGCGAACUCUUCAAGAUACAUCGCAGCACGGGAGCACUCACGCUCAAAAAGCCCAUAACGAACAUCGAACCUCGAUACCAACUUGCCAUAAAGGCGACGGACGAGGCCGUUCAGAGCGAACGCAAAUCGGCGGACGCCUACAUAACGAUCAUCGCGACAAGCGAAUUUCUCAAAGGUCCGAACUUUGACAGUGCGUCUUUCUCGGGAAGUGUUUACGAAAACGAACCGCCGGGUACGAGUAUUUUAACGGUUUCGGCUAAGUACGGUUCCGAUGACGUCGAGUACUAUGUGACUAACGUGACCGGUGCUGGAGUUCAAGUGGACAGAUUGUUCGAUAUCGAUACAAAGUUGGGCGUCCUUUCGACGGCUGCCGAACUUGACAGGGAAGUCGGGAUUGAUAUGUACGAAAUUGAAGUUCACGCUAUUGUGUUAGGAGGACACCCAAAAACAUCGAAAACUAAGGUAAGCGAUGGUCUUCUACUUCGGCUAACAGUAAGUUUAGAAAUUAAGUGACACUAACACAAAAAAAAGGUCGGGGAAUAAAAAAUCGACGAACUUAAAGCUGCCAAAAAUACAAAAAGAAUAUUUUAACAUGGUCAGGACACUUACGGUUCAGAAUAAGCGCCUACUACUGGAACACACGAACAUGACAGCUUACCAGAGUGGUCCAGUUGUCCAGAUAACUUAUCUUUGCGUUAUAUAAGCUUCCGCAACUUUCCUCUUAAUGUCCGACUACUUCUUGCAAUUCUUAUUAUAAUGUGGCUCAAUAUAGAUACAAACAUGGUGUAAGAGGGUUCU